GUUUUGUAACCAAACAAGGUCAGUAGCUCCCUUGCUAAAUCUAGCCAUUUGACAUCAACGAGAAGAUUCAUUUGGAGCUAAAAUUAAAUCGAUCAAUCUACAGAGAGAGGGAGAGAGAAAGAGAGAAAGAGAGAUUUGUUCUCGAGAUGGCAUCAGGAUGGGGAAUCACAGGGAACAAAGGAAGGUGUUACGAUUUCUGGACAGAUUUCAGUGAAUGUAUGUCAAGUUGUAGAGAACCUAAAGAUUGUGCUCUUCUUAGAGAAGAUUAUCUCGAGUGUCUUCAUCAUGCUAAAGAGUUUCAACGAAGGAACCGGGUUUACAAGGAAGAACAACGCCAAAUAAGAGCAGCUGCACGGAAGGCCAAAGGAGAAGAAGAUGGGGUAGGCCUCAAAACAGCUCAUGCUUAACUUCUCAUCUUUCUUUUGUUGAAAAAUAAAGAUUGUGGUUGGCACCAGCUUCUCAAUGCGUGGGAAAGUGACAUGUUUGUAACUCCGGAGUCGUAUGUGUUUGUGGCUCUUAAAUGGGUAUAGGUUUCUCGAUUUAAGCAAAUUUUCAACAUUGUCAAGGUAGUGUAAUCAAAAUCCAUACUUUUUUUUGUCUCUUGGUAAACAAAUAAUGAAUGUUAUCUGGUAAGUUGUACCUGGAAACAGCAUCUUACCUUGUAAACCUUAUUACAUUCGUGUUCUACACUGAUCAUCUAGACAUCUACUAUCAACAGUUACUGGACUGAGCAAGUUUAUUUUUCUGGUA